AGCAUGGAUAAAAGUGAAAGUUGUGCAGGUGAUAAGGCGAUAUCAAAUGACGAGCAGUCUUGUGAUGCUGAUAAGGAAGAAGCUUGCAAAAGUACGGAAGAUUCAGUCCAAGGUUGGGUUGCUUCGGGUACUAACUGGGGCUCUUCUUGGCUUAAGACAGCUAAGGAAAAGACUUACACAACGCUUGAAUUAGUCAAAAAAGAUCUAACUGAACUCAGUGAUGUAGUUGCUAAUGAAGCAAGUGCAUUUGCAAGCAGUACUGUUGAAAGUGUUAAACAGCAGGCGCAUCAUUUACAGCAGAUCAUAAGUUUUGAAGAGGAACAUGAACAGCAAAGCGUUGAAGAAGAGGAAGAUAAAACCAGAAAUGAACCAAGUGAAGUAAAACAAUCGAGCUCAACUCACAAUAUUUCUUGGACUCCAAAGCUUCCCUCAGUUCCUGCAAUCACAGAAAAUUCAUGGGUCAAAACAAUUGUUGAUACUGUGAAAAAUAUUGCACUAGACAAUACGACUAAAGAUGAGGAACUGUUUGAAGAAAUCAUUUAUCCAGAAGUGAAUAUCGCAAAGAGCACUAAUUUACCUCAUCACGUCUUAUAUAGCAUACAAACGGAUCGAGAUACUUAUGAGAAUCAACCAGAAGGCGACGGUGAACUAUUCAAUAUGUGGUGCAAGAAUUUCGAUUUGAAUGCAUAUGAUGAAGAAAUCAGUACUUUACUCGCCAACUGCCCUCCAAUGAGAGCAUUAUAUCAAGAAUUGGUGCCUGACUUGAUCGAAAAUGCGACAUUUUGGAAAAGAUAUUUUUACAAAGUUCAUCAAACUGAAUUGCUGGUUAAUUUGCAAGCUUAUGCUGAAAAACAGCUGCUAGAAGAUGACAGAAGUAAAGCCAGUAAGAACCAGAAGGAAGCAGCAGCUGCAGACACAAAAAGUUUGACUCAUAUACUUUUAUUGUUAAAUGAAAAAGCAUAA